CAUUUGAAUACGAGCUUACCCAAGUUCCUUCUAAGCAGCUCAAACAUGGAUGUUGUUGGUUCGUGUGGUUCCACCAGGGCUCUGAGCAGGAUCAAUUGCGUGUGUGGCAGUUGGAGCCAUCGCUUAAUCUCCAUCCUUGCAGCCGGCCGAUCACCACCAACACCCUUACCAUCACAUCUCACCAGCGCGCAAUGAAGGCGUAACGACGCUGAUAGCACCUGUACCCAGGCACCGUAGCCCCCAUCAUCUCCAACUAAUACAAACGCCACGCAACAGACGCCUCUCGCUUCAUUUUGGCCCCCACGCCCGCCCAGGCCGCGGAAGCGCCUCCCAAGGUUACCUUACAAAUGGCAUGACCAUUUCCGCCCGCGGAACAAAUGACCACCGCGCACAACGCCACCUCAGCCCGCCAAGCUGCAUCCCGCCCAGCUGGCCCUGCGCACUCUGCACCCGGCCAAUCCUCCUGAUUGGAUCUCAUCUCGUGUUUCGCGGAUGGGGAGGAUGUCAAGCAUGUGUGCUUCCGCUCUUGCUUCCACGGAGUAAACGACGCCCGUUAGCGGCCGUGCUGGGCGGCCAAUGUGCGCGAAGGGUUGGUAGCCUCGCCGUUGUUUUGGCGGUGGAGGUGGCGUUGGAGGCGUCGGCGGACCUUUGUCUUGUGGACACUAUUACCUCCCGAGAGCGUGUGCUGGCAUGCCCGGGGAGGGGUGAGCUGAAGUGUUGUCUGCUAUACUUACAUGCAGGUUUACGCUUGGCUCAUGUCUCGGAAGACUGGUUUCGAACGAGGCCAGAGAAAUAUUCCAUCUCUUUGACCAGGAGGACAGCAUGUGUGCCGGUUGUAAGGCUCGAGCCUGAGUCCCAGCGGUCCAGGAUGUCCGGCGGCGUACUCGCCCAUGGCCGUACGCUAUUGUGCUGAGACAUGCAAAUGCAUUGCAUACGGCCGUAAACACGAGUAUGUCAUCCGAUCCGUUCGAACGGAAUCAUCACCGACCGGGACCUUACUUCGAAUCACCUUUGGAACCCAAUGGGAAUCGUAUGCGGAGACUUGGGAACCGGGGCCUGUCAACGGGCGGGGAGACAACACCCGAUCUUGAACAG